CCUGGAAGGUGAGAAGAGGGAAGGUGUUACUAGUGGUCCUGGUGGUAUAAGGAUAUGAGUUGCCAUCACUUAUCUUUCGAGGAAACACUUUAUCACAGAUACAAAGGCAUGCAGUGACAAACAAGUGUUGGUGUGACUGCAGAUUAACGUGCAUUUACUGAUAAGAAGCACACAUUUAGUGUUCAAGUUCAUACUGUUUCGCUCAAGACAAUGAAGACGAUGGCAUGGGAUAACACGCGAUGAAUGAGAGGACGAACGGAAAAAAGUCAAGAGAGAAAAAGCACAACAAAGUGUAAAAACGGGACGAUGAUCAAAAUAACGAAUGGAAGAAGAAAGUAAUAAGAUAAAUAGAAAAAAAAAACGGAAAUAGUGAAUAAAGAGAAAGAAAAGAAAAUAAAUACCGACUUUCAAAAUAAACGACGAUACCAGAUUAUGAAUUAGAUUAAAACAAAGCGCAAGAUAAUUAAUUCAACGAACCGAAAAGUGAAUUAAAUAGGAAAUUCUACCCAUAUGUACAAAAUGACCAGAGUGGACGCUAUGGAAUUCCAGCCAGAGUAUAACAGCGUAAGGUUAAAUGACCCGCCCGACCGCUACCGACAGAUCGCGCAGGAGUUCUGGGACCUGCAGGACCCCGACAGGAAGCGCAGGAUCCCCCUGGCCCGCCUCAAGGAGCGCAUCCUCAGGACCAAGGACGCCGAUGGCCUCGCCAACGCCCUCGUCAUUCAGCUUCUGCAGGAGGCCGACAAGAACUACGAUGGCUAUCUUAGCUAUGAGGAGUACAUGCAAUUCACGGAGGAGGCGAGGACGCGUGGCGAGGGGCGCCAGGGCUUCAACCGCGCCGCCCUCAGCAUCCUGCCCCGAGGCGAGAGGACGGCGGAGGCGAGGCGCUACAUCGAGUACUACCGCUGCUGCCCUCCGCCCUUCUUCAUGGUCCUCGCGUCGCUGGUGGAGAUCGGCGUGUUCACCUACUACGCCUUCGACAUGGACCGACCGAUGGGCGCGUCUGGCCCGGCGCCCAUCUACUCGCCUCUCAUCUACAAUCCCUACAGGCGCUACGAGGCUUGGCGGUUCGUCAGCUACGCCCUCAUUCAUUCAGGCUGGCUACACCUCGUGACCAACCUCGUGAUGCAGCUCCUCUUCGGCGUCCUCCUCGAACUCGUGCAUCGCUGGUGGAGGAUCAUGCUGGUGUACGUCGCCGGUGUCCUUGCCGGGUCCCUCGCGCACUCCCUCACGGCCCCGUCCAUGUACCUGGCGGGGGCGUCGGGGGGAGUCUACUCGGUCAUGUACGCGCACGCGGGGAACCUCGUUUUGAACUGGUCGGAGAUGGAGUACCGCUGGCUUCAGCUGAUCAUCAUUAUCUUCGUCAGCGUCCUGGAUCUGAGCUACGCCUUCUACGACACCUACGGCAGCGCCACGCCCUCGAACACGGGGCACAUGGCUCACCUGGGCGGGGCCAUCGCGGGCGUGCUGGUGGGCGUGAGCAUCCUCCGGAACCUGCAGAGGAGGCGGUGGGAGCGGGUGUGCUGGUGGGUCUCCUUCACCAUCUACGUCAUCCUGGUUGGGACGGCGGUCAUCCUCAACGCUUCCCUGCAGGACUACUUCCCGAACAAUGACUACACUUCGUAUGCCGUCCUCAGGGCGGACUACCUCUCGCGGGCUACGUGAGAUGGCUGGGAGUGACGUCAUAGGUGGAGGUCACGGGGAAGAUGACGACAUAGGAGAAGGGGACGGAAAAAAUUGACAUACCAGAAGACGGAAGAAGAGGUGAUGAUCUAAAGGGGGGGGGGGGUCACACGAGCGCUUUAUCGCCAGCACGGCGUGCGAGGACUCCUUGACGCACGCGGAUUCGCAUGCGCAUGGGCUGGUUUUCAGCGCAUGACCAGCGUCGUUUGAAUGUAACCUCGCAAACGAACAGCAAAAAAAACUAUAAUAAUUGAAAAUAUGAAAUAAAUUGGUUUUGCAUUCUUUAUUAUACCUAUCGCAUCCAUUACUAUUUUUGUAAUUUUGUAUAUUAAGCACAGAUUGAUUAUCAAAUCAAAUUUAAUUUGACUAUGGAUGCAGCACCAUCUCUGUUUACACGGUUGCGUGUAAAUUUGCGAAAUAGUCAUUGCUUCUGGGAAAAGGCCCGUGCGGUCUCUAGUAGCGCUGUCCAUGUCUGGAACCGUUGUUCUCGAGCAAUAGGCCAAUGCGACCAGGGCGCGCGUGGAACGAGCAGUCAUUUGCACGCUUUGUUGGUGAUGAAAAUGUUCGUGUGAUUGGAAGUGAGCACGGAGGAGAAAAAUCGAUUUGGCUGAUCGACGUUUAUUGUCAGUAUAAGACCACCGCUUCAAGUCGUAAUUAGAUGAUUUUGAUCGCUCGAAAUUAUGGUCUGAAAGAGAUCAAAGUUUGAUGCGUCGUUCUAUCGGACAAUACACCGUUGCAGUGUCGGUACACCAGAUUAUAUAUAUAUAUAUAUAUAUAUAUAUAUAUAUAUAUAUAUAUAUAUAUAUAUAUAUAUAUAUAUAUAUAUAUAUAUAUAUAUACAUGUAUACACAAUAAAGCAAUCUGUGCCGAACAUUACCUUGAUCCAGGAACCAGGAUAUAUAAAUUUUUUUGUGCAUACAUAAAAUAGUUUAGCAUUUACAUAUUGGAACUGAACGAGAAUAACUGAUGAUCAGCCCAUGCAGGAACAGUUUCUGCUCAACCCCGAACUAAAACACAGAAGUGACGAUAGGCAUUAUUUAAGUUAAUGAUAAGUAAUAGGUUUUUACCUGACUGUACCCGGUUUCUUUGGGAAGAUGUUAAGACACUUUCAAAAAUAAAAAGAAAUCCCUUUCUUUCCAUGAGGCACUUUCCUAAUAACAAAACGUUUCUAUUCUUCCCGGUUUACAUAGUGGAAAAUAUCCAAGUUAGCCUUCAUUCUGGCUCUCAAUUUUGAUUGCGUACAAUGUGGGUGUCUUUUGAAAUAAUUAUUGUUUUGCUUUUGAUGUACAACUGUCCUUGUUAUUGCAGUGCCUUCAAUGUGUUCAUUAGACAGAUGCAAUGAGAAUGUCUUUAAAGUGUCCUUAAUGAGGAAAGUGUUUCAACAGUAGCCCAUAAAGACGUUUAUGGUUGAUUAAAAAUGCAGUAAGGAAAUAAAGUAAAACAGACUGGAAUAAAUUUAACUAUAUAAAAGAAAGAAACGGACAAAUCAAGACCGUGGAACAGGAAAAAAAUCCAGGCGUAAUACAUAAAGUUUAUCAUGAAAUCUCCAACCGACGUACACUGAUAUUCCAUGACGGCUUGCAAUAGUGAGUAAUCCUGCAAGGCCCUGGCACACUAGCACGUCAGUAUUACGUUUCCGCGUGAAUCCGAGGCACGCGGGGUGCUCACAGACGAAGGCGCAAACGACCGCUUUAUUUAUGAUUUUCGUCUUGAUCUUGUGCUGCAGACAGUCUAUACUACUAGAUUGUUUUGACUGAUGAAUAGAAUUAAAGGCCAUGCGAACAUAACCUAGUAUUAUAGAUUUCUCUUUUCUUUGCGUUCUUUACAUAUAGUAGCAUCCUUUACCUAUUCAUAUUUGUUUAAGAUAAUGUAUAUGAUGAUUCUUGUGACUCGCAACUAGUAAAUAUUCCGCACAACCAUGGAAAGGUUUGCUUUCUUGCUGCUGUUUCGUGGACGAGGUAUUUUUUCUUUUCUUUUCAUAGAAAGCAUGAGUCAGUACCCUAACUUGUGGUAUGUGCAUGACCUGCUGGUGAAAGUACAGGACUCGGAUGUGACCCUGUUUGUUUACACGUCAACGGUAUUCUCUGUAAACACGCAGGGUUGGAGUCAUCUGCGCGCACAAGUUCCUAG